AUAUGAGUAGGAGCCAAACUAAAAAACCAAAAAAAGGAACCAAUAAAAAUAAAAUUGACACACUAAAAAUAAAAAUAUAGAAAACACAUAGCAAAAGGGGAAAACAGCAAUCAACAAAGCAACUAUCUCAGAAGUCUGCUGAGAGCUCCAUUAGAGAAAAAAAUCACUGCAGAAUUGUUUGUUCUCUUUCCAGAUCUCUCUCUUUUCUUCUCCGUCGAUCGGAAAAUAGUGACCGGAAAUGGCUCGAGCCGGAGGAAUAACAAACGCGGUGAAUGUAGGCAUAGCAGUACAAGCAGAUUGGGAGAAUCGUGAAUUCAUAUCUCACAUCUCCCUUAACGUCCGUAAACUCUUCGAUUUCCUCGUUCAAUUCGAGGCGACGACGAAGAGUAAAUUGGCGACACUGAAUGAGAAGCUUGAUACACUGGAGCGUCGUUUAGAACUGCUUGAAGUCCAAGUCAGCACAGCAACUGCUAAUCCAGCUCUGUUUAAUGUUUGAAAUGAUGCAGCAUUGGUACUAAUACUCUUUAUCUGUAAGCUACUUUAAUUCUGUAUAAUAAAUAGGUUGCUUUUUUUUUGGAGAUAAUAUUUGUGAAAAGUCCUUAUUUUUGUCAAAAUCUCAAUUAAUUGUGUCUCAAUCCUGAAUUAGUUCAAUUUGUUUGA